CCUUCCCAAGGGGGAUCCUGUUGGCCCCCGCCUGGCUUGGGGAGGUCCCAGCUGGGAUCGAGGAGUCCAGGAGGGGACAGACGAGGCCCGUCUGCAGGGACAGCCAGUCUGGGGGUGGUGGGAAGAGCCCGGCUGCCCUCCCAUGCCCCGGCAUCAGGAAACUGCCCCCCUGAAGGACCUGGGGGUUGGCUCCACUGGCGUCCUCCCCUGCAGACCCUCUUGGGCCCACACUGAGAGGGCCCUGCAGAGGGGGGCUCUCCACCGACGGGGAGCGCAAAGAAAUGUUUCUUCAGAUGAAGUGUGAAAUAUGUGGACGGGGUCACCCUAAAAGGGCGCAGGAGAGAACACAGACAAGAAGGGCUCCUCCAGUGGGAGCUGGGGAAGCAGGAGGCGCCCUCUCCCCCUCGGAUCGCCCGUCUGUCUCCUGCCGGUGGCACCGGGGAGCUCCAAAUCUCUUCCAGGUGUUGGAAAAGGCGCGGGUUCCCAGGGAAGGUCGGGAGCGGGGGCGGCUCCCAGCACAGGCUCCGCGGGCGCUCAGCGGCGGGCCCUCCGCGCGGGUGUGGCCGCCCAGGUGGACAGCUUCACCCGGGCGUGCCCGGGUCUCCGGGGAAACGGCCUCCAGCCAACAGCGUACCGCCGUCUCCAUGGCAACGGGUCCUGCUCUGUGCUGCUUCCAGGGAAACCCAGCCCUCAGCGUCGCGGUUGCCUUGGCAACGCGGAGGGCUCCGUUGACCGGGAACAGCUGGGCGCCCAGGUCCGGGAGCUCCGGGCAGAAGCAGCCCCGGGCGGGCAGGUGCGGGGCCUGCGCCGCCGCGGCCAUGAGCUCGGCCUCCAGCGAGCCCGGAGAAGGGGACGCCGCCGGGCAGAACCGGCCCAGGCUGGACGCCGUGAUCCAGAGAUUGGAGGACACCGUCCUGAGCCCCACGGCCAGCAGAGAAGACCGGGCCCUGACCAUGCGAGGGGAUGACCAGGGGUCUUUACCCACCCCUGUGCCCGCCCGGAUCCGCCAGAUCGUGGCUGGCAGCCUGGGCAAGGAGGCGCCUCAAGGUGGUGCUGGCUCUGCUGGCCAACGGGUCGUGGUGUCCUCGGCACUCCCCUUUUCACUGGACGAGGAAGCCUUUCGGACUGAUGCUGGGCACGGACCCCGGGCAGGGGUGCGGGAGCCCCUGGGGGCUGCAGCCCAAGUGCGGGAGGAGAACAAGCUCCUGCAGGAGGCACUGACCCGCCUGGAGGGCCUGCUGGCCCAGAUGGGCGCCGAGCGGGACGAGCUGGCCAGCAAGUACCACGCGGUCAGCGAGCAGCUGCAGGCCCGGCUGGGGAGCACGCGGCUGCGGCGUUCGGAGCUGGAGCACAGCAUGGAGCUGGAGGAGGCCCUGGGCCGCCUGGAGGCCGCCGAGCAGAGGAGCACCGGCCUGUCCCAGGUGAACGCCCUCCUGCGGGAGCAGCUGGAGCACAUGAGGACAGCCAACGCCAGGCUGGCCGAGGAGCUGGCCAGGACGACGGGCAGCGUGCUCCACCUGCGGGGCGAGCUGGAGCUCGGGGCGGCACGGCAGCAGGCCGAGAGAGAGAGCCAGUGGACACACCCCGGGAAGCCCCAGGACGUCCUCUUCCUGUGGAGACAGGCCACGGCGCUCCGGGCACACCUGGCCGAGCUGCGGGCGGCCACGGAGCGGGGUCUCGCAGAGAUGCGCGCAGACGCGGCCCGCACAGCCCGGCGCCUCCACACGGCCUGCCUGAACCUCGACGCCAACCUGCGGCCCGAGAAGCAGCUGCGGGACCGGGUGCGGGAGAUGCAGCAGCUGCAGGGCCGCGGGGACGCCGAGAGGGCGGCGCUCCAGGCCAGGCUCUCGAAGCAGGCGCUGCUGGUGGAGAGGCUCAAGGAGCAAAACACCGAGCAGGAGAGGACCAUCUCUUCCCUCAGGAUGGACGUUCAGGGGCUGGUCCCUGUCGCCCUCCGUGUCCGGCAGGUGGCCCAGGGGGACGCAGGGUGCCCGGCGCUGGCGUGGAGCAGCAGCACUGAAGGCGAGGGGGCGCAGGGCCUGCUGAGGACCCCCCUUCACCCCGCAUCCCCCCAGCCGCGGGCCCGCUCCCCGGCCACCCCAGACCCCACGCUGCAGGCCGUGCUGAUGGCCCUCGAGAGGCGGCAGCGGCGGGAGCAGGAGCUGUGCUGGCGGCUGGAGUCCUCCCAGGAGGCGGCGGCCGGGCUCCGGGAGCAGCUGCGUGAGAGCCGGCGGGAGCUGCGGGGGCAGCUGGAGGCGCGGAGCCUGGAGGCGCGGCAGGGCAGAGCGGCCCGCGCGCUCCUGGAGAGGGAGAAGGCAGCCCUGGAGACGGCGCUGGAGGAGCUGGGGGGGCAGGCGGCAGAGGCCAAGGCGGAGAGGCUCCGGCUGGAGGCGGCGAACGCUGAGCUGCGCGGGAGCCUCCGGGGCUGGGCCGAGCGGAGCCGGGGGGCGCUGGAGACCAGUCAAGAGCACCUGGAGCAGCUGCAGGAAAAGGUCUCGGGGCUCAGGAAGGAGCUGGUGUCGGCCGGGGAGGCGCUGAGCUCGGCGCGGCUGCAGCAGGACGUGCUGGAGGGCAAGAGCGAAGCCCUGCGCGGGGCCCUGGCCCGGGCUGAGUCCAGCAACACCGACCUGGAGCUGCUGGUGACCCGGCUGACGUCGGAGGGGGCGGAGCAAAGGGACUCCCUGGCCCAGAUGGCCGCGCUGAUGGAGGGGCUGGCUCGGGACAAGGGCACCCUGAGCCACCUGGUCCUCCAGCUGGAGCAGGAGCGGGACCACCUGCGGGAGCAGCAGAAGGCAUUGGAGCAGGAGCGGGCAGGUGCCCGGGAGCAGCUGGCAAGGGUAGAGCAGCAGCUGGAGUGCGAGCGUGCCGAGAGGCAGAACCUGCAGCAGGUCUGCGGGCACCUGGAGGAGCAGCAGGGGCAGCUGGAGGGGCAGGUGUCCCAGCUCCGGCACGAACGGGCCCAGCUCCAGGAGCAAGUUGGCCAGGUCACGUGCAAGAAGCAGGUCCUGGAGGAGCAGCUGGUGCAGAGCCUGCGGGACCAGGAGGCCCUGGCCGGGGAGCGGGCCCAGCUGCUGGCUGAGCAGGAGGCCCUGGAGCGGCACGGCCGGCUCACAGCCGAGGAGGCAGACGGCCUCAGGGCGGGCAGGGACGCUCUGGAGAGCAGCCUCUCUGAGGCCCAGCAGCUGGCGACGCAGCUGCAGGCGCAGCGGGAGGAGCUGGAGGGAGAGGCCCGGAGCGCGCGUCUGGCUCAGCAGGCCCUGCAAGUGGAAAUGGAGCAGCUGAAAAGCGCCUGGGAGGUCCAGGGCACGAAGCUGCGGUGGGAGCUGGAGCAGAGCCGGCGGCAGGGGGCCCAGCGGGAGCGGGAUGCACAGCUGGCCCUGGACAGCCAGGCCCUGGCCCACCGCGAGGACCUGGCCCGGCUCCGGAGGGAGAAGGAGACCCUGAGUCUGGCCCUGGCAGAGGAGAAGGAGGCAGCCGCUUCCCGGCUGGGAAAGGAGAAGGAGCUGGUGGUGAAAACUGCAGCCCAGAGGGAGGCCCUGAAGGAGGAGAUUCAGAGCCUGAAGCAGGAGCGGGAUGAGAGCCUCCUCCAGCUGGAGCAUGAGAUGCAGCAGGCCCUGUCUCUGAAGGAAGCCGAGAGGAGCCUGCUGGGCCAGGAGCUCUCCAGGGCCACACAGGAGCUGGAGCGGGCACAGCGGGAGGCCCAGAGCCGGCAGGAGCAAGCCGAGGCCACCAUCGGCGCUGUCACCGAGGAGCUGAGGGUCCUCCAGGCCCAGUUUGGGGACGCCAUCACUGCCCACCAGAGCGAGGUCGCCGCUCUGAGCAGGAGCCUCAGGGAGGCGGCAGCCGAGUGCAGCAGUGCAGGGCGAGAGGCCGAGCAGCUGCGGGCACAGCUGGACGUGGCCCAGGAGGGGCUGGCCACACUGCGCCGGGAGCUGCAGGGCAGCGAGGAGCUCCGUGAGGGGCUGCGCAGGGAGGUCCGGGGGGCCCACCGGGCGCUGGGUGACAAGGCCCGCGAGAAGGACAUGCUGCAGCUCUCCAACACCGCGCUGCGGGCUGCCCUCCGCAAGGCCGAGCAGGACAAAGCCAGUUUUAAGUGGUCCAAGGAGGAGAAGGAGCAGAAGGUGCUGGUACUGGAGGAGGCCCGAGCAGCGGCCAAGAAGGAGGCCGGCGAGCUGCAGGACGGCCUGCGGGAGGCCGAGAAGGCUUUGGGGGACGCCCGCCGGGGGCUCCAGGAGCUGCGCGGACAGGUGAAGACGCUGGAGGCCGAGAACCAGAGGAAGGGCCGAGCACUGAGCCAGCUGCAGGCCCAGGUGGCACAGGCCAAGGAGCGGCAGCAGCAGAGCCGGCGGGAGGCGCUGGAGCUGCGGAGGAUGGUGGCUGAGGCGGAGGCCACCCGUGAGGCCGCCAGGGAGCAGGUCCUGGGGCUGCAGCGGAAGUUGGCAGAGGUGGCGGCCGGAGCUGAGGCCCGGGAGAAGCAGCUCGAGGCCCUCCUCCGUGAGAGCCGGGGGGCCGAGCAGACCCUGCGGGCCGAGCUGCACAGCGCCGCCAGGAAGCUGCAGCAGGCCGACGGCCUCCAGGCCCGACUGGACGGGGCCCACAGCCGGGCUCGCAGCCUGGAGCAGGAGCUGGCCCAGGCCCGGGGCGCCCGGCGGGACGCGGAGGCCCAGCUGCACCGCCUCUGCUCCGUGCUGCGCCGCAGCCUGGGGCUUCAUGGCCAGAGCCCCUCGAGCUCGCCCCCGUGCCCCGGCUCCCCCACCAAAGGCUCAGACGGCCCCCAGGGUGGCACCGGGCCGCAGGGUGCCAGCCCACCCGCUGGCUCCUGCUCACCACUGCACUGGGCCUCACCUGCACCCAGAAAUCGCAGCCCCGGGGUCGUGGACGUGGCCUCUGUGCAGGGUGCCCUGCAGGACCUCGUGUGGAGGCUACGCGAGGCUCAGAGAGAGUGGGACGACUCGCGCCUCCAGGUGGUGGGCCUGGGAGCCCGGCUGGGCCAGGCGGAGAGCGGGCGAGCCCAGGCCCUGAGCCGCGCUGGGCAGCUGCAGCGGGCACUGGUCGAGGCCGAGGAAGGCCGGCGCCGGGCGGAGGCCGAGCUGAGCAGCACGCGGGCCCUGCAGGAGGAGACGCUGCGGGCGGUGGACGUGGAGAAGCAGCACCUGUAGGUGGGGCUCGCAGCAGAGUGGGGCCCCAGGCCCCUGGGACACGGCCACACAGCAGGAGAACGGGAAGGGGGUUGAGAGGGCUGGUGGGGGAGCAACCUCAGUGCUCCCCAGACCCGUCCGGACCUCUGAGGUGCUGCCAGCCCUUACCUUACAGGUUGGGGAGACCGGCGUCCUGGGCAGGGGUGACUUGCUGGGUGGCUGGUGGGGGCAGCCUCGGGCCAGACCCCAGGCCUCCUCCCCGCCCCGGCUCACAGGUCCCCGGGGUGCACUGAGACGCCCUCAGCAGGACCGGGCCAGCGGGCAGCUGGGUCUGGGCAGAGGACGCGGCCAGGCCGCUGUUCCCGAGAGCACCCUGCAGGCCGGGCCGAGAAGCCACACAGCCGCCCUGAGAGAAAGGACUUUCCCAGCCCCCCGUGGAGAGGUGGAGCAGCAGGGGCAGGGGACGGGGCACAGGGCGGGGUCCAACAGUGCCCCAGCUGGAAGGCUGCCCCGCUUGAGUGUCCCCCAAGGACACCCCCAGUGAGCUGACAGGUGGGGGCCUUGCAGGCAUGUAGCAGCGGGGUCCGGGCGAGGCCCGAGAACCUGGGGGUGGCCUGUGGGCCUCGACCAAAUGAAGAGCAAAGCUGUUCAACCCAGGGGCCUGGGGGCUCAGCCAGCAGGCAGGGGCCUGAGUCCCCAGAGAGCCCUGAGCCUCUGGGGGGGCCCUCCUUGGGGGAGGGGGCAGAGAGGCCAUGCCCAGGCCUCGGCAGGGAGAGCCGGCCUGGAAGAGGGGACGUGGGAGAUGGCAGGUGGCUUCCAUUCCAGAAGGAGGCCUGGGGGGCUGCCACCAGCAGAGGGGGCUUGGAGGGCUCAGAGGCGGGGUCCGGGCAGCAGGGCCCUGAGACCCCAGAAGUGUGGGGUCCAAGAUAUCGGGGAGGUGGGCUCUGGCCAGGGUGGGGUCCUGGAGCUGGUGCCCACAGGGCAGUUGCCGAGAGGACGGGGAAGGAGGCAGGGGUGGCCAGGCCGGGGCUUGGGGCCUGGGGGCAGCAGGGAGGAGAAAGAGCCGGACGCCCCGGGGAGGGUCUUCGCCUUCUCCUCGACCCUCCAUGAUAGCCACGUGCCAGCUCCACUCUCAAGCUGGGUCACCCCAUUCAGUGCACCCCAAACCUCCCGUGAGCCCCAUUUCCAAACGAGGGCACAGGCUCGGAUCCAUGAAGAAAUACGUACGGUUGCCAUAUGGCAGUUAUUGUCUGGCCACAAAGUUGUUUCUAUUUGGUGCUUUAAGCCAAGAGUUCUUAAGAAAAGGGGGGGGGGGGGGCAGGCAGAUCAACAGCCCCUAAAGAUGCCCACGCCCUGCCGCCCGGAACCUGGAAUAGGUUUGGGAAUUGGGACAGAUGGAGCAAAGCUGAUGGAAUAAGACGAUCCUGGAUUCCCGGGGGUCUCCCGUCAUCACAAGGGAAGAGCGAAGCAGUGAGCAAGCUGGAGGGGGACGCACGACGCGCUCGACGGGACCGGCUGCCGCUGGCCUCGAAGGGGCCCGGGAGGCCGAAGGGCCGGCGUGGAGCGAGCCCACCAGGAAACGUGGCCACCCCGCACGCUGGGCCCAGUCAGCCCGUUUCCACCUCUGACCCCCAGAACCGUAAGACAGUAAACUGUUCUUUUAAGCCACCAGUUUGUGGUCAUUUGUUAGAGCAGCUGUAGAGAACCAAUAUUGCGGGGUUUUUUAGAUCUUCUCAUGUAAGUCUUGGUUUGUUUCUUUGAAGGUCAAGUGUGUGUACUAAAUAUUCUCUGCUUUCAGAAUCUGUUCCUUUUUUGGACCUGUGAUGUAUGAAUCAUUUUUGAAAACUGCUCACGUACAUUUGAAAAGAUUGUUUUCUGUCGCGGGUUACGCAUUUUGGAACAUACCUAUUAAAUCAGCCUUUAGCACGCGUUA